AUGGGGCCUCCUCUUUACCACCUAUCAGAUUUGGCCCUUCCCUCCUACCAAGGAGACCGCUGGUAACAUUCACAUUUUUACAUGGAAUUUUUCGAAAUAAAGGGGGCGGUAUAGGAUUCGAACCCCCGAUAUCACUGCUAAGACCCUCCGACUCACCCACUCGAGCCGCUUAGCCCUUCUUAAAUUGGUGAUUAAGGUGCAUCUGGUUUAGGUUAAGCUUUAGCAAAUUGCACUAAUAUCUCAAAAUUGACACUAAAUCUUGGUGAUAAUUAAAUUGGUGAUUAAGGUAUAUCAGGUUUAGGUUUUGCUUUAGCAAAUUGCACUAACCUCUCAAAUUUGACACUUUAUCUUUAUGGUAAUUAAAUUGGUGAUUAAGGUGCAUCUGGUUUAGGUUAAGCUUUAGCAAAUUGCACUAAUAUCUCAAACUUAACACUUAAUCUUGGGAAUUAAAUUGGUGUAAUUGUCGCAUUAGGCUUAGGUAAAGCUUUAGCAAAUUGUGCACAUCUCUCAAAUUUGACACUUUAUCUUAGUAGAAAUUAAAUUGAUGAUUAAGGUGCAUUAGGCUUAGGUUCUGCUUUAGCAGAUUGCACUAAUCUCUAAAAUUUGACACUUAUUCUUGAUGGAAAUUAAAUUGGUGAUGAAGGUGCAUCAGGUUUAGGUUCUGUUUUAGCAAAUUGCGCUAAUCUCUCAAAUUUGACACUUUAUCUUAGUAGAAAUUAAAUUGAUGAUUAAGGUGCAUUAGGCUUAGGUUCUGCUUUAGCAGAUUGCACUAAUCUCUAAAAUUUGACACUUAUUCUUGAUGGAAAUUAAAUUGGUGAUGAAGGUGCAUCAGGUUUAGGUUCUGUUUUAGCAAAUUGCGCUAAUCUCUCAAAUUUGACACUUUAUCUUAGUUAGAAUUAAAUUGGUGUAAUUGGUGCAAUAGGCUUAGGUUCUGCUUUAGCAAAUUACAUUCAUCUCUCAAAUUUGACACUUAAUCUUAGUUACAAUUAAAUUGGCGAUUAAGGUGCAUCAGGCCUAGGUUCUGCUUUAGCCAAUUGCAAUAAUCUCUCAAAUUUGAUACUUGAUUUAUGUGAUAAUUAGAUUAGUGGUUAAGGUGCAUCAGGUUUAGGUUCUGGUCUAGUAAAUUGUACUAAUCUCUCAAAUUUGACACUUCAUCUUAAUAGGAAUUAAAUUGAUGAUUAAGGUGCAUUAGGCUUAGGUUCUGCUUUAGCAAAUUGCACUAAUCUCUCAAAUUUGAAACUUUGUCUUAGUGCAAAUUAAAUUCGUGAUUUAGGUGCAUCAAGUUUUGGUUUAGCAAGUUGCACUAAUAUCUCAAAUUUGGCACUUGAUCUUCGUUACAAUUAAAUUCAUGAAUAAGGUGCAUUAGGCUUAGGUUCUGCUUUAGCAAAUUGCACUCAUCUCUAAAAUUUGUCACUUGAUCUUAGUGGAAAUUAAAUUGAUGAUUAAGGUGCAUUAGGCUUGGGUUCUGCUUUGGCAAAUUGCAUUAAUCUCUUAAAUUUGACACUUCAUCUUAG